AUGAUUAACUAUAUUGAUAGCGACAGAGUCAUUGAUGUUUAUAUUGAGCACAUCAAUCCAAAUGUGUUUAUCCACAGUCAAGUUGAUUCAAAUGUAGGUGGUUUGGUGGAUACAAAUCAAGACUCUAAAAGUUCUAAUGAGAGUGGCUCGUACUCAGACGGAGAGUCCUCAAAGUAUGAAUACUUUUAUGAUAGUGAGUAUGACAUGCAUAAUGAUGAAUUGUAUGAUACUUUUGUGGAUCAUGAUGUUGGAUUUGUUGGUGUUAACAAAGGGAAAAGAAUGGAGGAAGACAAAGGAGUUGCCAAAGGGAAAAGAAUGGAGAAAGGAAAAGGAGUUUCCAAAGGGGAAGGAGUUGGUUUUUAUGGUGAUAGUGGCACAAUUUUGCAUGACAAUAAUGAUUUUUAUGGUGAAGAAUAUGUCACAAAUGAGUUG